UGCAGCUUUGAUUUCCGCAACUCUCUUUGCUGUUUGCUCGAAUACAUCCCCACGUAUUGCAAUAAGAUGCGUUGCGACUCUGGCCGUUGGAUUUGUUUUUUUGUUUUUUGUUUUCCCAAUGACCACAACCAUUAUUUGAUAGGGUUCCCCUUGAAUGGGAGUUUCUCAUUCAUGGGAGAAAAAACUCCCUUACGGUUACAAAAUAGAGGCCCAAAGGACCAAAUUACCUUUAAAAUUGGGUAAUACCAAAUAAAAGUGUUUGAACGUAUUUGUAUUUUAUCUUAGGUGCACCCUUGGGACACCAUAUCUUUCUCGUAAUUAGGUCAAUUCAAUAAGAUAGUGUAGAGUCUUAGCUGUCUAAUCACAAAUUCUCCCAUAUCUGUCUUCUUCUUCUUCUUCAUUUACAUGACAAAAAGGCCCCUAAGAAAAAGGAAUAUGUACACAGAAUUUCAAGUUUCAACAGUGCCUACAUGUAGAGUUGUUUGCAGUGAGUGAUUAUGGGUGAAGUGGCUAAUUUUGCUGCUUAUGCUUUUGCUCCUGCAAUUCUUGUAACUCCGUUGGGGGCUUUGAGUAUUAUUGUAAGUGCAGUGCUAGCUCAUUUUAUGCUAAAUGAGAGAUUGCACAUUUUUGGAGUGCUCGGAUGCAUUCUUUGUGUGGUGGGGUCCACCAAUAUUGUUUUACAUGCCCCAAAAGAGAGAGAUAUUGAAUCAGUUAAGCAAGUAUGGCACCUUGCUACUGAGCCAGGUUUCAUUAUUUACAGUUGUGUGGUAUUGGUCUCGGUUCUUGUCCUCAUUUUCUAUUUUGUUCCGCAAUACGGCAAAAGUCAUAUGCUGGUAUACAUUGGGAUUUGCUCACUUAUGGGUUCGGUUACGGUGAUGAGCGUGAAAGCACUGGGGAUCGCCUUAAAGCUUACGUUUUCGGGAGCGAACCAAUUUGCUUACCUUGAGACUUGGUGUUUCACUGCCAUUGUUAUCGUUUGUUGUCUCAUGCAGAUAAACUAUUUGAACAAGGCCUUGGACACCUUCAACACUGCCGUUGUAUCUCCAGUCUACUAUGUGAUGUUCACUACUUUCACCAUCAUUGCUAGCAUUAUCAUGUUUAAGGAUUGGGACACACAAAACGCAUCUCAGAUAGCAACAGAAUUGUGUGGCUUCGUUACUAUUCUUUCCGGAACCUUUCUUCUUCACAAGACAAAGGAUAUGGGCAACAGCCCAUCCAUAGAACUUGCUAACUUGACAAACCCAAACCAUGAAUCAGCGUAGAUCCCACUGUAUCAUAUGUAGGUAAAUGUUUUUUCGGGGUUUGCCAAGCCCAUACCCAUGUACAGCUUUGCAGCUUCACACACCAUAACAUGAGCCAAUGUGGCACGUGUGAAAGAUCUGAACUGUCCACAGCUAUUUCACUUAUCAGGCCGGCCACAUUCUAAAAAAAAUAAAUUGAUGGCUAGAAAAAAGUUGUUUUAGCCAUAGUUUUCUUUCCAUACACAACCCCACUUGAUGAAUUGACCUGAUGGAUUCAGGAAAUAAGUUCUAAACCGUGUCGCCCUACCUGAUAUAGUCCACUUGGAUCUUUCACACAUGGGUCAUAUUCGCAUGUUUGUUGUUGUUAGUCGUGUGUAGAGGGCAGGGCUAUGGAUACGUACAGGCUUUAGCAAAAUUUCGAUGCUCUUUUAUAGUUCACAGGCUUGUUUGGAGGUGAAUAACUCCCACUUGAAAUCUCAACUGCCAUGGCCACUAUCAUGUAAGAUUUUUUGCACUGCCUACUGGAAUUUUUAUGUCUCACAAGCACAGGGCAACUGCAAGAGCUUCUUGAAUGAAAUUCAAGUCAUUGAAACUCCUUUUGUGGGGGGUUGUAUUCAACUGAUACAUACUGCAAUCCUUAAUAAACUUGUCAUGAUAGCUUUGUUCCAGUUUGAUUUGUUAAUAAAUUCCAUAUAUUCUUAGUAGUUCUGGAGGAAGAGUUCUUUGUUGAAACAUAUACAGAUAAGUACUACAUUCGAAUAGAAUACUUAUGUGGUUAUUCUCA